UUGAAGAGUGCGUGUAACAAUCUGCGUACCACUUCCUCUUCGGUGAACCAGAGCUGUGGGUUCCUUCAUUUUCUGAUGGUUUCUAGUUAAAUACCUUGAUUUACCGAAAAUUAGUAUAAGAUGGUUGUAACAAAACACACUAAAUUGCCCACCGAGGAGGAGCUCACCGUGGAGGAGAUUAAUGUGUCAUCGCCUGUUUUGUUAGCCGCGGCCUUUCAGUUCGGAAAAUAUUGCGAGUGGCAAAGAAACGAAUAUCUCUUGUGCAAGAAGGAAGAAGAUGAUCCUACGGCAUGCUUGAACGAAGGGAAAGCCGUCACAGCUUGUGGUCUAGAGUUUCUGCGAAAAAUAAAAAAGCAUUGCCGUAAAGAGUUUGAGCAGUAUGCACAUUGCAUCGACUUUGAAACUGCCAAUAUGCAAUAUUACCCAUGCCGUAAAACUCAGGCAGUAUAUGAUAAAUGUGUUUUGGAGAAGCUUAAUGUAGAGAGGCCAGAUAUGAAUUACUAUGCAGAAAUGCAUGUGCAUGAUACGAAUAGACCAAAGAAAUAUAGAGAACCACCUCAAUUUCCUGAUGCUCUACCAGGUCUUAAAGACGAUGGAACUCCGCUUCCACCUGGAAGGUUUGGAGCUCGAUUCUAAUAAUCGAGUAUAAAGAUCUUGGUCUGCAGAUGAAAGCAAUUUAUUAGUUCUUGAGAGAUCGAAGAUUGGCAUUAAAGAUAUUGUCAUUCUUUGGAGCUGUUACUAUUGUGAAUAUUAUCAUUAGUAAAUGAUUUAUCAUCUAAUAAAGUGGAUUAUGAAAGAAAA